GUCAAUAUUCUGGGGGCGGGGCCUCAGUUCUGGGGGAAGGAUGGCUGAGGUGGAGGUCUCUGCCCAGGCCUAUGCCAAGAUGUGCCUCCACGCCGCCCGGCACCCCCACGCCGCCGUCAAUGGGCUGCUCCUGGGACACUGGGGGGCCCCCCCCGAGUGUCUGUUUCUCACCGACUGCGUCCCCCUUUUCCAUAGCAACUUGGCGCUCAGCGUCAUGCUGGAGGUGGCUCUGAACCAGGUUGAUCUGUGGGCGUCCCGCUCUAACCUGCUGGUGGCUGGGUACUACCAGGCCAAUGCCGGGCUGGACGACAUUAGCCCCACCCCCCUGGCUCUGAAGAUGGCUGGACGCCUGGCUGAGUUCUCUGAGGGUGCUGUGUUGAUCAUGCUGGAUAACCAGAAACUGACCGUGAAUCCCCGCGUGCCCCCUGUCGUUGUGCUGGAGCAGCAGGAUCGGCACUGGCUCCCCAAGGACAAGAACCGAGUCAUGUGGCGCGACUGGGAAUCCUCCCGUCACAUUUGCAAGUCCCUGCUGGAGGCUAAAGCUCACACCCGAUUGGUUGACUUUGACGCCCACCUCGAUGACAUCAGACAGGACUGGACCAAUCAGCACCUCAACACCGAGAUCACCCGGCUGGUGUCUGUCGCCAAUGGCAGCGCCUGAAGGACCCUAUUGGCUGGCCUGGGGAAGCCAGGGCUGUAUUCUGAUUGGCCUGCUUGGAACAAUGGCACGCCCCCAUUGGCUGGCCUAGAUGCCAAUUCACCCCCAAGUAAAGACUCAACUGACUUUCACUGAUUCCUUUAUAUUUAUUCCCCCCAUUCCCCUCCCCCCAGAUUGGCCCUUCCCCCAAUGAGCCCAGACUCCUCCCCCUUGGCCUCACAUCAGACCCCCAAUGUUAAAUUUAGGUCCUGUUUUUGGCUACGUUUUUGCAGAUUUCACAAAGUUUUUUAUUUUGGCCUUUAAUUUCCUUCGUUUUAUUUUUAUCUUUCCUUUUCAGCACCUGAUCGUUCCAUUGUUUUCCCAGCAUCCUCCUCCUCCCCCAAGCGAUGGGUGUCGGACAGCAAAAAACCAAAGGCCAUUCAAUGUCCCAAACCUCCUGACAUGAAAACUAUGACCAUAAAAUCCCCCAAGGAAUUGUCUAGAACACCCCGUUCACCACCGAUGUCUGACCCAACAGAAUUUGGGGGCCGUUUUCUUUCCAUUCGUUCAUUUUAUUUUAUUGCAACUCCUUAAAAUGCUAAGGAACAUAAAGCAAAAAUCAUUGCCAAAAGGACAAAAUAAGGAAUUAAAAUGCCAAAAAACUAAAUUUCUGGGGGCAAAACCUUCCAUUUAACGCAGAGUUUUGGAUUUCUGUUUCUGGGAUUUGUUUUUACAUUCAUGGUUUCCAUUUCAUGACGCUUGUACUGAAUUUCUCUCAUUUGGCUGUUUUACAGCUUUUCUUCAUUGUGGCCAGGAGAAUUUUUGGCAUUUCAUGCAGACUUGGAGGCAGAGAAUUUGUUGCCAUCAGAUCUCGUCCUUCUAUUAAUUUUUUUGCUGCUUAAUUUCCUUCAUUUUUUUUGCAUCCUUAAAGUUAUUUCACAAUUU